AUGGCCUUCCCCCACCGCCUUUUCAGCUGGGCGGGGCACGGCCCCGCUUGGCCUCGCGAACCUCACGUGAUAACCGAGAUAGAGACAUAUCGGCAAAGGGUAAAGAGUUUUCUCCACAACGACGCUUUGCAUCCGUGGGUAAAAGACAUCACCGCUGUGGAGUCAAGGCUUCGAAUAUUGGAUUUAGAAGCAGGACGCGAUGGCUCAAUAGCUACCGAGCCUGCCAGUCCAGAGGAGACUUGGCUAUAUCUCGAGAAUGCUCUGAGCAGUUCAUCCGGCCGGCGUCUGAUCUUGCUGGAGGGUAUGAACCCGAGAUUAGCAGAGGUACUUGGAGUGAAGCUCGGUAUACCUCCGGAAUUUUGGUUGUCACAUUGGGGUCAUACUGCGAGACCUCGAAUAUCUGAUUCCUCAGGCAGCUCAACGUACUGGAAGGACACUGCCCUCGUGGAACGACUUAUUGCGAUGCGGAGGAGAAGCAAACAUAUCACCCCGAUGUGGGAUGCCAUCGUGCAAACCUACGAAACAGAAAAGGAUAUUUCAACAGAAGACCCAUUCUUGGCCACUACCAUCAUUCGGAACGCCGUCGGCUCCGCCUGGAAGACCAAGACCAACGAUGACAUCAAUCGGUUGCACGUGGUUUGGACGACCGCCAAUGACUACCGCUUUGGGCUCAAUGCGGUCAAUCUAUACCAAGGAGGAGAGGUUUUGAUCAAACAAAGUAACCAGACCUCGAUAGAAUACGAGACGCUGAUGGAAGAGCGACAUUCUAUCCAGCAGCACGAGGCACAACUCAAGGAGAUUAUUCGAGCCUUUCGGUACGACAGCAACGAGUUUACAUCGUCUCCACCAGAUUCGAAGCUUCGGCUCUUAAUUUCCAAUGAAGCAAGCCGAUGGAGAGGCACCCAUAACCAGUAUCAAUGGAUGAAUACAACCAUGGCCGAAACCAUGACGAUAUGUGCCGAGGAUACCGCAAUGGAAGAAGCCUUUACGACCAAUAUGCAGAUCAUCGAUACCUACAUACAGACAGCGGCGGUCAAUAUGCAAGCUACGGCCAAUCAAAUAGCUCGCAGCUCUGGUCAACUCGCCAGCAUCGCCAUGGUAGCUGUGCCAUGUAUGGUCUUGGCAUCUAUCUUCUCUAUGACCGCAGGGGCGCACCUAUUUUUUGUCUACUGGUGCACCGCUAUUCCGAUGACCCUUUUCCUGCUCGGCUGGGUCAUCCAGAAGGAUGUUGUGGCGCUGGUGGUGAAAAUGGAGGAGAGGUUGAGGGGUAGCAGGACUGACAUGUCCUCGAGCGACAUGUUAUACCUUGAUUAA